CAACUUCACUGGAGAGACUUCAGGAGUCUCGCAGCGGCGCGCGCAAGGGCUUUGCUAACUUCACCUAACUCAUUUUUAUAUCGAUGGUAUUUCUUCGUUAAUUUUCUGGACUUACACAACCGCAGAAAUGACUCUACCAUACUCCCAAAGCGUAACGACACUGAAGACAGUGACCGUCGCGGAACCGAGCACACAGACUGUCCUGACGUCCACUCCUGUCGGGCUAAGCGAAGGGUCGACGACUUACCGAACAGUAAAUCUCGCGGGAGCUCAGCUACAGCCGGUCCAGUACAUUAACAGCCAAAUGGAGGGGAACGUGAUGUACGGGGGGGCGCGUUACCUGGUGCCUGUGCAGCAACGGCCCGCGGAGUCCAUCGUGUACCUGAGCCAGGCGCCGCGCGUCGUUCAACCGGUGUAUUUACAGAACAUUCAGCCCGUCAGCGUCAGCAGCGUCGACGAAACCGACACCUACAGGCAAAUAAACAUAAAUGGACAAACAUCCGUCUUCAGCCAGGUCUCCAGUCCAGUCAAAAGCCCCGAACCCUCUGAGUCGGAGCUGGUGGAGACUUCAAGCAUUCGAGAGGAAAUUGUUGACCUGAAAGAAAUAAAGAAUGGUCUUUCUGAAAUUAAGACAGAGAUUAUUGAUGUGGAACCAAUCGCCAAGAUGGACAACCGCUUCUUUGGUGAGCUUCUUGCUGAGGUUUACCGCAAGAACUCAGAUAUUCACACCUGCAUCUCCGAUCAUGUGGCCAAGAUUCGUGGAAGGAAACACCUUCUGGACCCCACCAUUGACUAUAAGGUGGAAAAAGAAGAAAUAGAGAGUCUCAUUCCUAAAGGAGUGUCUGAACUGACUAAGCAACAAAUCCGCUACCUGCUGCAGACUCGUAUGACGGCUGAUAAGACCAUGCGUCUGUUGAUGGCCACGUUUAGCAGUCUGCGAGAGGAGCUAGUGCAUAUGCAGGACGAUCUAAGGCGUCUGGAGAGUGAGAAGGAGGAGCUGGAGAGAGAUCUGAGCUUCAAGGCAGAUCAGACUCUGCAAUACGACAGACUGCUGGAGACCGUACGUGAGCACAACAGACAACUGCAGGCGACUGUGAAGGAAACUAAUAAUUCUCAGCGUACUCUAGAAAGUCAGCUACUGACCAUGCAGAGCAAAGACCCCAGCAAAGACUUCCGCAUUAAAGAACUGGAGGGCAGCAAGAGAGCUCUGGAGCAGGAAAAUGAGCUGCUCAGGAAGAAGUUGGCAGGGCAGUGCAGUAGUUCUACUGUCCAAAUCAAAACACAGGAACUGUCCAGAGAGUAUGAACAGAUGCUGAAAGAUCUACGAGAGGAGAAGGACCGAGAACUUAAGAGCCUGCGGACCCAGCUUGUAAAGAUCCAGACCGAGCGCACCAUUACACAGACUUCUGACAGCGGUUUGGAGAUGCGUAUCUCUGAGCUCCUUUCCAAACUAGAACAACGUGAAAGUGUCAUCAGACACCAGGAGGAGGAAAUCAGGCGACUCAAACAGCAGAAGGUCGACAACUCCAGCAGUACGACGAGGACCGUCGUUACCAAGAGAUACAUGAACCAGUACCCUAUUCUGGGUCUGCUGAGUGACGAGUACCAGUACACACCACCCAUUAAAGAGGACAGGACUGUCGUCAUCGAGAGUUCGGGGGUCAGCACGCGAGUCAUCUAGACUGGAUGAACAGGAAGACGAUAUAGAUGCCUUCCCGGUUUCACCGUCCAAAUCUCAUUCCUUCCCUCUCUCCCUGCAUGCUGCCCUCUUUCCAGUGGUGAUGGUGGCGCUAACUUUUUAGUUUCCAUGCUUUGGAAUUGGAUAAUGCCUUAUGAAGUUAGAACAGCAGUAACAGCAUUUUAUGAAAAAUGCACAAAAUCUUUCACAAGCGUUGUGUUUGUUAGAAUACCGUGUCACUACUGAUAGUUAUUUUUCUAUUUUGGUUUCAUCUAUUAUCGUAUGAUGCACCACAAGCCUUAUUAGCCUCCUGUCAACACUACUGAAAGCAUGUAAAUAUUUGGAGAGAAAUGAUUUGCAAAUAUCAUAUACCUUGACUGGAAUAAAUGUUGAGCAUUGUCAGCAAUGUUAAAGGUAAUUGCUGAUUUUGUUGGUUUUCUUAUUCAUUUGGGUAUAUUAAUUAUUCAAAUAUUAUUUGUUUUUUAUUGUUAUAUGACAGAGGUGAUGCUCCGUGUAGAAAAUAAUGUAUGUCAUAUAUGUCAUAGUGGUCGAAUGAUGCAUGAUUUUUGUUUUUACAUUGGCCCAUGCAGGCCCAUGGAGAGCAGGGUGACCCACUAUAUAUAAAUACAAAAGUCUGGGGUUGGUAACAUUUUCUGACGCUUUUGAAAGUCUUAGCAUGGAUGCAUUCAUUUGAUCAUAUAGUAAAAAAUAUUAUGAUUUAAAGUAACUUUUCUAAUUUUAAUAAAAUGUGUGUAUAUAUAUAUAUAUAUAUACGAAGGUAAAACAUAAUUUUCUGAAAAAAAGUUUUCUU